AAUCUUAGUGGUGUUACAAUUCAUGGACUUAUAAUCAUCUUUAUAGUGGUAAUGCCUGGUCUUUGGUAGUGGUAUAGGAAAUAUGGUUAUUUGUAUGAUUUUAGGAACUAUGGAUGUUAUCUUUACUAGGGGAAAUCUUAUAUCAUUAAUAAUUACUUUAUGCACAACUCUAGAUAUUAAUUGGAUAAGUUAAAUAUUAGGAGGAUGUUCAUUAUUUGGAUUAGGAUGGACAUUGUAUUCACCAUUAUCUUAUUUAGGUUAG